UCGCUACACGUGGUUGGGCUGCACAGUCAAAAUAGAUACCCGUAUAACCGAUACGGCACAAUAUAGUGAAAGAUUUAAUAGUUUUUAUUUCAAAACUGACAUUAAUGUUUGAAAUUUAAAGUUUUAUGUAAAACUAGAUAACGUCGUUUGUGCACGUAUGAAGAAAAGAUUUUUGAAAAUUGACAUAAAGUGUGCUUGUCCAAAAAAUAUUACCGCAAAAUGCAUUUAAAUACCCUUAAGUGAACUUUAAAUGACAACUAUUUGGACAACUCGGAACAAACAAUUAUCACUGGUUUUUACUGGAUAAUUUACAACAAAAUUCUUAUUUGAAGGAACCGAAUUAUCUUCAGAGGUCAGUCGCCGAUAUACCGGGCCGUUCCUUGUGAACAUAAGUAUUGAUGGCAAAGAACCAAUAAUUUCAGGAUCUGUGAGCAGUUUCUAUACUCCUACAACCAUCUUUCAUGACGUCACACAAUUUGGCACAAAUAAUUGGCUGAACGGUUACGCUGACGGCGCAUGCUCCCAACACAUUGGAACGCGUAAAAAGAAUGGUUUCCAUGUGAGAAGAUUCUUGCCACGUGCAAACAAGUACAGCAACAGUCACGUGAUGUGAAUUACAACCAACUGAAACCGUUCUUACAUACCCCAGAAUCUCGCGAAUCCGCAGCUAAAACUUACUCUUUGUUGUAUAAAACAGGAACUGAGAGAAUGUCAGAGGGGCAAACGAACCCGGCUUUUAAUUUUGAUGUUGAUGGCAUUGAGGAUACAAAACAGGAUAAAGGAGAACCAGAAUUUCAGAUCACAAGAUUUGGCGGGAGUGUGUCUAACGGAGAAGGCAAUUCAGACGAUAUUCACACGUAUACUGUAUCAAAUGAUGAUGAAAAUGAAGUUGUUCAAGUAACAAGAUUUGGCGGGAAAGAGAAUGACAGAGAACAGAGUAUAAAGAAUAGAAAUACAUAUACCGUAUCCAACGAAACUGAAGUAAAAGAAACAGUUCUUGACAUACUACAUAAAAGUCAAAAGAAAGAUAAAGUAGACGAUAGUCAUAAUAACAACGAAGUACGAAAAGAUGAUGUUCGAAUAACAAUAUCUGAACAUGACGAUUUCAAGGAUGAGAAGGGACUGAAUGUGACACCAAAACAGACAUUUAAGCAGCCAGGCCCUUCGAAUGGCUUCCCAACCAAGGAUAGCUCACAGACGCACAAAGGCAAAGAUGAAAAAGCAGUACGUCAGUCACUCACGGUAGAGACCGCUCCACCCUUGGACGCAAAUUUGCGUGUAGAAAGACCACAAUUUACUCCAAGAUCACCAGGUUUUGGGCGUAAAUACCGCAACCUGCCAAAAUGGACUGACGAAGACACAAAAUGGCUUUCGUGGAUAGAGGUCAAAUUUAAGGAUAUUGCUGGUGCAGAUGGCGAAAUCGAUUUGGAAGAGUUUAAAAAAGCUCUUGGUGUGAAAAAGUCAUUCUUUGCGGAACGAUUUUUCGAGCUGUUUGAUCAAGACGGCAGUGGGGCCAUCGAACUUGGCGAACUGAUGGAUGGUUUGCGCAUGCUCACUAAAGGAACUCCAGUUCAAAAAUUACAAUUUCUCUUUGAUGUAUAUGAUGCUGAUGCAAGUGGCACCAUCGAUAGAGACGAGCUUAUGGCAGUUCUUAGAGCCUGUAUGGAAGAAAGCUCACUGUCGCUGACAGAAGAAAACUUACAGGAGCUUACAGACGUGUUAUUCGACGAUGCUGAUGAGGACGAAUCAGGAACGAUAACUUUUGAAGAACUGAAGACAGAGUUAGAGAAACAUCCGGGUGUAAUAGAGAAUCUCACUAUAAGUGCCGCUCAGUGGCUUAAAACCCCGGAUAGUUCUAAGGGAAAGAAAAGCAGCUUCCGAUAUUUUACAGCGGACUACUGGAAAAACAAUUAUCGAAAAAUUGGAUAUUUCCUCAUUUACUGGGCUCUAAACAUUGUCCUGUACGCAGUGGCAAUGUGGCAGUAUAGAGACUCAAACACGUGGGUUAUGUUCGCACGAGGCGGUGGACUAUGUUUGAACUUCAACUGUAUGUGGGUUCUAGUGCUGAUGCUGCGGAAAAGUUUAACGUUCCUCCGAAUGACGAAAUUGGUUUAUAUUCUUCCUCUAGAUCAGGCCAUCCAAUUCCAUAAGAUGACAGCUUGGGCCAUUGUAGGAUUCGCAAUCAUUCAUACAUUGGCACAUAUCGGGAAUGCAGCACACGCAGCAAAUGCUAGUGCCCUGGAGAUGUGGGAAGUCUUGUUUACAGUGAAAGCCGGUGUUGGAUAUGUUGGCGGCAGCGCAUUUAUAACCGGCUGGUUAUUAGAUAUUAUUCUUAUAGUGAUGGUCAUCUGUUCAAUGCCAUUUAUCAGGAGGGGUGGCCAUUUUCAGGUGUUUUACUGGACUCACAUACUCUAUGUACCAUUCUGGAUCUUGGUCAUUCUUCACGGACCACACUUUUGGAAGUGGUUCAUAGUUCCAGGAGUAAUCUUCAUUCUGGAGAAGAUAUGUAGGUCAAAGUUCAUUAAGAUGGCUAGAUUUGGGGACACUUAUAUUGAGGAGGUCAAUCUUCUUCCUUCGGGUGUUACCCAUUUGGUUAUCACUCGUCCAUCGAACUUCCGGUACAAGCCUGGUGAUUAUAUUUUCAUUCAAAUACCGGAAAUAGCAACACACGAAUGGCAUCCAUUUACAAUCAGCUCGGCACCGGAAAUGGAAGGUUACAUCUGGUUACAUGUUCGGUCUGCCGGUCACUGGACAAAUAAACUCUAUGAACACUUUGACAACUUGGAGGCACCGGAAAAUAUUGAAGAGGCUGAAGACCUGGAGGCAAGUUAUAGAAGAAGAGCUAGCAGAAAAUUUGAAAACUUUGAAAAGGCAUAUUCAAGACGUCCCACAGUGCUUUCUAAAUCAUCAAGACGUGCAUCAGGGCGUGGACAAAAGCCAAAACAAAAACAUAAAAUUGUGAAAGUGAAGUGUUACAUUGACGGCCCGUAUGGGACAGGAACCCGAGAGGUCUUUGACACUGAUCAUGCGGUACUUGUUGGGGCGGGUAUUGGCGUGACUCCAAUGGCCUCAAUUUUACAAAGUGUAUGGUACAGAUUUAAUGCUGUUCGACAAAAAUGUCCAAAUUGCGAACACGUGUGGUAUCCGGAAGAAGAAACGUUUGACAUGAAAUUAAGAAAGGUGGAUUUUAUAUGGAUAAACAGAGACCAGAAAAGUUUUGAAUGGUUCUUGACGUUACUCAAUCAGAUCGAGGUUGAACAGAGCAGCCAUCAUGGGAUUCUCGAGAACUGUAUACAAAUGCAUAUGUACAUGACCGCUGCUCAGAAGAAGACAGACAUGAAAGGAAUAGGACUUCAAAUUGCACUGGAUCUGAUGUAUGACAAGAGCCGACGAGAUCUAAUCACAGGUUUAAGAACAAAGACAGAACCUGGAAGGCCAGACUGGAACAAGAUUUUCAAUGCAAUAAAAGCCGAAAAUAAGGGGAAAGUGAAAGUAUUCUUCUGUGGACCACCAGCUUUGGGAAAAACUGUCAAGGCAAUGUCCGAAAAAUUUAACUUUGCAUUUUCAAAGGAAAUCUUUUAGUAGAGACAUCAAUAUUUUCUUUUUAAUAAAAUGUGAUUCUGUAGAAACUUGGUGAAACCAGUUCUAGCACACUGGACAAUUUGUCGGUACAAUUUCAGCUACUGUAUAGCAAUAUAGUCAAAGUUUCAACAAGUUGUCCAUACAAUUUAGUCAAAAUUUUCCUUUCAAAUUAAUUUGCAAAGAAUAUUCGUCCAUCGUCAAUCAGUAGUGACGUGAAUGCUGAUAAAAGCGUUUAAUGUUACAUAUAUGUUUGUUUUGAAAGCAACAGUUUUAGGUAAUUUUGACAUAAUCUGUUUGAACUUCUAAUACAAUGAGUAUUUUGGAAAUGAGCGUCGUAAGCCGUGUCCGGUGGUAUAUUUUAUUUGCGAGUAUGCCAACCACAUAUAACUGUUUUUAAGAAGUUCGACAGGAGAAAAUCUCGCUUAUCUUAAAUAAUGAUUAUUACUGCAACUUCUAAUCUAGGAAAGCAUGAGAACAGAAUUAUGCACAUAUGAGAGCAACAAAACAUCAAAGGGAGAACAUGUCAAACGCAUUUUACAAUUUACUUUGAAAGCAUUUAAUUUCGUUGAUGCAGUAGAUUUUGUGGUUUGUACAAAACAGCCAUUUUGUGGAGAUAUGAAUGCAUUAAUUUCAAAAUUCAAACAUAGAGCUGAAAUGAAUGGGCAAUUGACAUGAAAGUUGAAAUCCAUGAAAUUCAAUCUCCGCGAUAGUUAAUGAUUUUACAGUAAACCUAUUCAGUGUAUAUCGUAUAACCUUUAGCAUGCUAAAUUGUCGUCUUCUGGAAAUGUCGUCUGCUAAAAUUGUAAAGUUCAUUCAAUUUGCUCCAAAAUUGGAAGAAAUAUUGUCAGAGUAGCAAACAGCUUGGAACCUGAUCAGACGCCGAUUUAAUCGGCGUCUGAUCUGGUUCCAAGCUGUUUGCAAAGGCUGUUAAAUUCGCCUGCAGCAGGCUAAGGGUUAAUGUAACAAAAGUGUAACCAGAAGGAUUUUUGUUCAUGCUAUAAAUAGCUUUCCUAAGGAAAGAGUUGCUUUAAUUUUUAGCCAAAGUUUAAUAAACAGAGUGUUGCAACUGUAUCUGCAUAAAAGUAAAGAUAUUUCAAAAGAUA